AUGGACCAACGAAGGUCUCCGAUUAUCGUUGGUUGGUAUGUUAACUGCACGUUAGCCACGAACUGGGAAACUGUUCCGUGGUCAGGUCUUGGCGUGCGUCUAGAUAUCGAAUGGGGUAUGUUUCUUGCCGCUUAGGUAUCUGAUUUGAUAAAGAUCCAAUUGGUAUUAAUUGGUAUUCUGUUCUCUCUAAGCCCGCGUAAUCUCGGAGGGGCACGAUGAGUUUGUUUUCAAGUGUCCUUAUCGGCCGCAUGCUUUUGCUUAUAGCAACCCUCCUCCAAGCAAGACAUUAUCAUUCUAGCGGUGAUGCUGUUUAAUUUCAAGUUUACUGUCCGCGUCUUACAUUAUUCCAGUUAACAAACAUGAUACGUUUAUCAAUAUUGUUGCACUAGGCGAGGCCAUGCCCCCAAAGUCCGCUUACUUUUACACCCGUGGUUCGAUGCCUGACGUGACUAUUCAGCCUCCAUUCAAGUCGCAAAAAUUGUGA